GAGUGUGACAACCCGGCAUAUAUUUUUUUGAAAAGAUCGGCUUCUUGGUCACUUGCCCUCUAACAUUAAAAUAACAGCGAUGAGUUUGUCGUUGAGGACUGAACUUGCUGCCGACAGAACAAAGAGGAAAAAGAGGAGAGAGCUGACCGAGGAACAGAAGCAAGAAGUAAAAGAGGCAUUUGAACUCUUUGACACUGACAAAGACAAAGAAAUAGAUUAUCAUGAAUUAAAGGUUGCAAUGAGAGCAUUGGGCUUUGACGUAAAGAAAGCAGAGGUGUUGAAAAUACUGAAGGAAUAUGAUCGUGAAGGGAGGGGGAAAAUUACGUUUGAAGACUUCAGUGAAGUAGUCACAGACCGGAUUCUGGACAGAGAUCCACGGGAGGAGAUUUUGAAAGCGUUCAAGCUGUUCGAUGAUGAUGACUCCGGGAAGAUAAGCCUUCGGAACCUGCGGAGAGUGGCCAGGGAACUGGGCGAGAACAUGAGCGAUGACGAACUCCGUGCCAUGAUCGAUGAGUUUGACACAGAUGGGGACGGAGAGAUAAGCCAAGAAGAGUUCAUUUCAAUCAUGACAGGAGACUCAUAAGAAAGGAUUUCUGUUCGAAGACAAUGCUGAUGCAAAUUGGACCGGUGUGUUUGCUGGUUUUACUUAAGCACCAGGCAGGAAAACCAUUACAUUCACAGUGAGAAUUUAUAUGAUGAACAUUUCUCAACUGUUGGGAUGGUAUACUUCACCACUAACCACAAGCACAGUUUUAGCUUUUUAUUAUCAUAACACCACAACCAAAAGUUCCAUCAGUGCUCUAAGAGUGUGUUUUCCCAGUUUUUCAGUGGGAAAAAUGAAAUUAUAUUUGCCCAUAACUAAGGAGUUAUAGAUCACAAUGAUCACAUUUAAUUGUCAUUUUACCUUGCAUUGUGCCCCGGAAUGCUUGACAAUGAUAAAAUGAAUGUUAUUCAGGUUUUUAUUUUGUGGAGAAGAAUAUACAAGAUUGAACAAUUCAAUAGUGUAAUGAUUCACAUUUCUGUAAAUUUCAUCUUCAUACCCUGAAAACCCCCAGACUCACUGGAUACCUUCCUAUGCAAAAGCAAAACUCAAUGAUUUUCCUGCUUAUUUUAUACACAAAUGUUAG